AUGAACAUUCGUUCACAGCCCUUGCAACCGCUCAACAACGGGCAACUCAAUCGUGCCGCUAGCGUUACCCCAAUCAAAUCUACUAGAAGAAAAGAACCUCAUUUUGAUUAUUAUCACCAACAACCUGUUCACAAUGCCCAAUUGUAUCAUGACAAUCAUGUCCAGCAACAAAAUCAGUAUCAGGUCCAUCACAAUCAACAGCAUUAUCAACAACAACAGCAACAGCCCCGUGCUCAAGAAAAACCAAAGAAAAAGAAGGAGAAACUUUCCGCUCUUUGCAAGACUCCUCCUUCAGUGGUCAGAACAAGAAACGGUAUUGACUACCGUAGAGGUAACUUCUUAGGCGAAGGAGGAUUUGCUAGAUGCUUCCAAAUGAAAGAUGCAUCGGGUAAGAUCUACGCUGCAAAGACUGUUGCCAAGGCCCUGAUCAAAAACGAAAAAACCAAAACUAAGCUCUUGCUGGAAAUCAAAAUUCACAAGUCACUUAAGCAUCCAAACAUUGUCAACUUUGUUGACUGUUUCGAAGAUGAUGUCAAUGUCUACAUUUUACUAGAGAUAUGCCCCAACCAAUCGCUCAUGGAACUUUUGAAAACAAGAAAAAGAGUCUCUGAAUCCGAAGUUCGAUUCUUUAUGGUGCAGAUUAUUGGUGCAGUUAAGUAUUUACACUCCCGUAGAGUGAUUCACAGAGACUUGAAACUUGGCAACAUUUUUUUCGACCCAGACAUGAAUUUAAAAAUUGGUGAUUUUGGUUUGGCCUCCGUGUUGCCUUCGACAGACUCCAGAAAAUACACUAUUUGUGGUACUCCCAACUACAUCGCCCCAGAGGUAUUAGGAGGAAAAACAACUGGUCAUUCCUUUGAAGUAGAUAUCUGGGCCAUCGGUAUCAUGAUGUAUGCGUUGUUAGUCGGAAAGCCACCGUUCCAAGCCAAAGAUGUUAAUGUGAUCUACGAGAGGAUCAAAAAAACAGAGUAUCUGUUCCCUUCAGAUAAACCAAUCUCUGAAGAAGCGCGCACAUUGAUUAAAGACUUACUAAGUUUAAAUCCAUUAAACCGCCCAUCCAUCAAUGAAAUUUUAGACUACCCAUGGUUCAAGGGAGCUUUCCCGUCCAAAACAGUGGAAAAAGCUUUGACUGGAACCCCACCAGGUGUUUCCGAUAUUUCCAAAGCUCAAAGUGCCCUCAACUUUACGAAUGCAAAAGCUCUUGCUGGUAUCUACACUCCUAAGCUGAAGAAUCCUGUUGAAAUAUUGAAGUCUGAUUUACAAUCUGACCAGCCCCGCACUGUUCUUCCACAGUCCUUAUCCCCGGGUGACACUCGUUCGAAGUACCAAGAGAUUUCUGUUCCAGCAGCGCUUGUGGGUCUGAAUGGAGCCAGAUCUCUUCGAAAGCUUAAUUUCAACUCUCAGUUUAAUAAAACCAUUAUAAAAUUGGACCAAUGCCUCAGAGAAUCCGCAUACAAUAUGAGAAGACUUCACAACAUUGUCAACUCUGAGGAUAAGUUAGAGUUGAAUGUUAAAGAACUUCCAACGUGCGAAAACCCUACUCUUAUUUCCAAAUGGGUGGAUUACUCUAACAAGUACGGCUUUUCUUAUCAGAUGAACAACGAUGAUAUUGGUGUAUUGUUUAAUGAUGAAAAUACCAUAUUGAAACUUCACAACAGCGACCGCUUCUUGGAAUUGAUUCACCAUGAGAAAGAAGGUUGGACCUGCGUCGAAAAUUCAGUGAGCCAUCCUCCAUCACAAGCACGUCGCCAGCUUGAAAUUGUGGACUUUUUCGCCAAGUAUAUGAACAGCAACUUAUCGAAGGUGAGCGAAAAUGAAGAAAGAAAGGAAAUCGUUUUCUUACACCGGUAUACGCGUAAUAGCGACUAUAUUAUGUUCGAGUUAACGAAUGGAAGUUUUCAAUUCAACUUCAAAGAUCACCACAAGUUAUGCAUCUCCAAAAACGGGUUAGCCAUCACGCAUAUUUCGCCUAACCGCGUAAUCCAAACGCAUCCAUUGAUAUUGGUUAUGGAACAGGGAAAUUUCUUGCAGACAGAAGUGCCUGAUUGUAUGGACAAGAUUGCAACUAUCGAGCAGGCCAUCCGUUCCAAAAUUUCCAACUAA